GCGAAUAGAAAACACAUGCAGCGUGCACGCGCGCGCGCGCUUGCCGCACCGGUUGGUGGACAUGACAGGUGUUCAUCUGCGUUUCAUUGUCGAUUAUAUUCAAUCCGAGAAAAUAUUGCGACAAUGAUUUAAAGAAGAAUGAUCAAACGAUUCAUCGUUAUUUCUCCAUAAGAGAGAGUUAUUUCUCAAACAGAUACGCGGAAAACGAAAACGAUGAACGCGCGAGAAAUAGAGGUUGACAAUCUCAAGCAACAGGGAAAUGCAUGUGUCAAGGAACAGAAAUAUGAGGAGGCAAUGUUUCAUUAUACACACGCCAUCAAAUUGGAUCCGCAGAAUUAUUCUCUCCACAGUAACAGAUCCUUUGCCUUUCUAAUGAUGAGACAAUAUCACUAUGCUAUGGAGGAUGCCCUGAUGACUAUCCAAUUGAAGUCUGACUGGUCUAAAGGUUAUUUCAGAAAGGGUGAGGUCGAACUAAGAACAUUCCGUUUUAGUGAGGCACUUCAAUCUUACAACAAAGCCCUGUCCUUGCAACCAAACGAACCUAAAAUUUUAGAAGCAAUGAAUAGAGCAUCUAGAUCAUUAAUUAAGGAUAGAAGAGCUGAUCAACAAAUCCCGUGGCUUGGAGCUGGUGUCGGCAUUAUAUUAGGAGUUAUAGUUGUGAUUGCCGAUUAUGUUUUUACAAACAAGCCCACUCUAACGCAUCCUUUACUGAUGGCGUUAUUAACGAUAUCUAUAGCCAUGCUUGGUUUUGGCAUUGCAAAAGGAUUUCGUUAUUUUGUAAAAUGCCAAAGAAAAUCAUUAUUAGAACCACCUGUCGAUCUCUUCCCUGAGGAAAAGGAAGAUUUGGAAAAUAUCGAUAUAGAGAAAAAUAACGAGAAGGAAAAACACCCAAAGUACAGCAAAGCACAAGCGCGACAGCGAUUCCGUAAAGGAAAAUCGUAGUAAGUAUUGAUAAUUGAUUCAGGAUAUUGAAUUCUUGAAUAGUUUAAGUUAAGAGAUGCAAUAAAGUCCCGAUGCCAAACAUAUAAAAAUAAUAUAGCUGGCUAUGAUCAGAUCAUUGUCUAUUUUGUUAAAUGCUACUAUUAUCCUUUAUUGAAAAAUUUGAUAUUUUUCUUACAUUUUUAAUAUAUUGUCAUUUUCAAUUUUAUAUACAAAUCAUUGUAAAAUGAUACUUACACUGAAAAAUGAAUUAAUUCUUUCUUGAAUCUACUCUUUUUUUAAGAGUCGCAAUUAAUACAUGUGGUAAAUAAUUUUAAUAGUUAAUAGUAUAAAAUGCAAGAGACAAUUUUAGAAGAACAUGUAGUAAUGAUUUAUUAUAUACAUUGCCAGUACAUUUAAUUAUUGUAUGAAUUGUGAGCAACGAGAGUAUGAAUGUAUUUUCUUAGUUUAUCCAAAACUAAUAAGAAUAUCCUAUUUUAAAGAAUUCGUAUUUCUUACAACUCACUUAGCAAGAAACAGUGUCUUUGAAAUUCGCACUCGCCCUUGUGAUUCUUAUACAACGAAUAACGAAGUAUAAGCAUGCCAAUCUAGUAUUAUAAGAUAAUGUUGCACUUUUCUCUACUUUUUGCACACUAUAUAAAUACAUCAGAGAUGUGCAUAGCACAUCUUUAUAGAUCUCGAUUGAAAUAUAUCUGAACAUGUAUACUAAAGUCUUUUCUCGGCUGGGAAGUAUCUUCCCAUUGAGCUGAAAAAGGCUAAUAGAAAUUUUACUUGUAACUUGAUAAUCACCAGUUUAUAAUUUAUUAAGUAUUCGUCCAUACGAUUCGAAUGUAUCAGCCGUUAGUUGUCACAUACGUGUCCUGCAAAUCGCGAUUUACGACACCAUACAAAUUACGCAAAUAAAGAGAUUACAGAACA